GUUUUGGAGAGAAAGCAUGCCGAGAUACACGGUGCAUGUCCGAGGAGAAUGGCUGGCAGUGCCAUGCCAAAGCAGCACCAACACAGUUGGGUGGCUGGGAAAGGAAGCUGUGAGACGGUACAUGAAGAACAAACCAGACAACGGGGGAUUUGCCUCGGUGGAAGAAGUAAAAUUUUACGUUCGAAGGUGCAAGGGACUUGGCUUGCUGGAUCUUGAAGAUACAGUGGAGGAUGCUCUGGAGGACAAUGAAUUUGUUGAAGUUGUUAUAGAAGGAGAUAUAAUGUCUCCAGAUUUUAUACCAUCUCAGCCAGAAGGAGUUCAUUUAUACAGCAAAUACCGAGAACCAGAACAGUAUAUUUUUUUAGAUGGCAACAGUUUAACAACGGAGGACUUGGUCAAUUUAGGAAAGGGGCUCUUCAAGAUCAAGCUCACACCUGAAGCUGAAGCCAAAGUCAAUGAAUCACGAGAAGUGAUUGAAAGGAUCGUAAAGGAACAGAAAGUUGUUUAUGGAAUCACCACAGGGUUUGGGAAGUUUGCCAGGACAGUCAUCCCAAACAGUAAGCUGAGGGAGCUUCAAGUGAACUUGGUUCGUUCACAUUCAGCAGGUGUGGGGAAACCUUUGAGCCCAGAGAGAUCUCGCAUGCUGCUGGCGCUGAGAAUCAACGUCUUGGCAAAAGGAUACAGUGGAAUAUCCCUAGAAACGCUCCAGCAAGUUAUUGAAGCAUUUAAUGCAUCCUGCCUUCCUUAUAUCCCAGAAAAAGGGACAGUUGGAGCCAGUGGAGACUUGGCCCCCCUCUCUCAUCUUGCUCUGGGAUUAAUUGGAGAGGGAAAGAUGUGGUCCCCAAAGAGUGGCUGGGCUGAUGCUAAAUAUGUCCUGGAAGCCCAUGGUCUGAGACCAAUUACCUUGAAACCCAAAGAGGGUCUGGCUCUCAUCAAUGGGACACAAAUGAUCACCUCACUGGGAUGCGAAGCGGUUGAAAGAGCUGGUGCUAUAGCUAGACAAGCUGACAUAGUUGCUGCCCUUACACUUGAAGUCUUGAAGGGUACAACAAGGGCCUUUGACACUGAUAUCCAUGCAGUGCGCCCACAUCGAGGGCAGGCUGAAGUGGCAUUUCGAUUCAGGUCCCUUUUAGAUUCUGACCAUCAUCCAUCAGAAAUAGCAGAGAGCCAUAGAUUCUGUGACAGAGUUCAGGACGCAUACACGAUGCGUUGCUGCCCUCAGGUGCAUGGAGUUGUAAAUGAUACAAUUGCUUUUGUGAAGGAUAUCAUGAUGACUGAAAUCAAUAGUGCCACAGACAACCCUAUGGUGUUUGCUGAGAGAGCAGAGACCAUUUCUGGAGGAAAUUUUCAUGGUGAAUAUCCUGGAAAGGCUCUGGACUAUUUGGCAAUUGGUGUGCAUGAACUCGCUGCAAUUAGUGAAAGAAGAAUUGAGAGGCUCUGCAACCCCUCACUCAGUGAACUGCCUGCAUUUUUAGUCACUGAAGGAGGUCUGAACUCUGGCUUCAUGAUAGCACACUGCACAGCAGCUGCCCUGGUUUCUGAGAACAAAGCCUUGUGCCACCCCUCUUCUGUCGAUUCUCUCUCAACCAGUGCUGCUACAGAGGAUCAUGUGUCCAUGGGAGGAUGGGCUGCAAGAAAAGCCUUGAGAGUUAUUGAACAUGUGGAACAAGUUCUGGCUAUUGAGCUGCUCGCAGCCUGCCAGGGCAUUGAAUUCCUACGCCCUCUGAGAACAACAACCCCAUUGGAGAAGGUCUACGACCUUGUGCGCUCCGUUGUGAGGCCUUGGAUGAAGGAUCGCUUCAUGGCCCCAGACAUCGAAGCAGCUCACAGGCUGCUUGUGGAGCAGCAGGUGUGGGAAGUGGCUAAACCUUACAUUGAAAAGUACAGGAGGGAACACAUCCCUGAAUCGAGACCCAUUUCACCAACAGCUUUCUCCCUGGGAUCGCUGGAUCAUAUGGGUAUUUGUCAUGACCACAGUCAUCAGGAUGAACUUUAA